GUCCCGACCACCCCAGCGGUAUCUAGACAGCUGGUAGGCAGUCAACACUAGUCUACUAGCAGAAUCACGCGCCGUGUGCACCGCUCCGCGUGCAUGAUAGUCGUAGUUGUGGCUCUUGUGGCUUCUGUCCAGCAUAUGUCAAACUAGCCUAGCCCCCGCCGCCGUGCGGGAGGGAGCCGGCACCACUGGCUUUUCGCUCUUCGCGACGACGAUCUGGCCCAGUUGGUCGAUUAGCUGGUCAGAUGCAUGGGGCUAAGAUGGCGAGCAGGGGGCAACCCGGCUUGUCUUUGCAAACCCCUGAGCCGACCAGACCAGAAAGAGAAAAAGAAACAAUUGGUGAAGACUGAGGUAGCUCGCACCAGGCAGCGGCCCGACGGAGUGCAGUGAACACAAAUUUACAGGCGGGCCAGGGGUGAGGGAUUGGCUGGAGCAGGCGAGGGAAGCCAUGGAAGAGGAGGUUUUGCCCGUGCACCAGAGAGGCGACAAGGAACAAACAGCUGGACAUUGGUGCAAAUUAAGCAGGACGCAGGCAGGCGGGGAGCUGACGGGCAACGCAAUUGAGUCCGGACGGGCGACAGGAAGUAAUCGAGAAGAAGAAGAAAAAAAGGGAAGAAAAAGAAAAGAAGAAAAAAAAAACGUGCAGUCACGACCGGCCGACCCACCAAGCACCCGCCCCCCAGCCAUGCAGAUAUGGCAACCACAUAAUCACGACCUGCUGCGCCCAUUGUAGUAACUCGCGCCUGCGCUCAGCAGUCGACGGGCCACGGGCAGCAUGGCGGCGGCAUUUUCAGAGCCUGACGAUCCGUAUGCGGCCGACGGCGAGGGCACCAACCCGCAGCACAGGCGGCCGCCUCGAACCAGCUCGAGGGCCCGCGACUCUGCCAGCCUGCCCGCCAACCGCCUGCGACAGCGACCCACGACGAAACAUGCUGCCGCCUCAGAUGUGCCGGGGCAGCCCCAUUCCCCAGGAGGCGGACGCCAUAACCCGUACCACCGCACCCGCGACGACGACGACAAGCAUGCCCUCGCCAAACCGCCUGAUUUCCCGCCUCAGUUGCCUCCUCUGCCGCUGACGCCCAGCUCGCCCCGCUGGGACUCGCUGACGGGCAGAAUCAACAAAACCACCUCCCACGCCCAGCCGCCAUCCCAGUUCAUGCACACGAGUCGCCAUCAGACCUUCCACCAACUGCCCAGCCCCGUCAAGACGAACAGCAACCCGUCUUCGCCCGCGGCCUCGACCACCCAGGCUCUCGCUCAGGUCCUUUCCGCCGCACUCCCAAUAUCGCCCAUCUCGCCCGCGUCCUCGUCCCGAUCCUACACGCCCUCCCACGGUCGCCGUUCCUCUCUGCUGGACGAAGAGCAGGACAGGAUAGUAUCUCUCGUACCACCCCCGAACAAGUUCCACGCAACGUCUUUGGCCGGUAAUCAUCCUCCGGCACGAACCUCGUCUAAAGGCGCCCUCGCUCGGUCCUCGAGCCGCCGCACGGGCGACGAUCAGGCCCCCGUCAUGGUUGAGAACUUCUCGCGGCCUCGCAAGCCGAGCAUCGCGAGGCCCAACGUUGGCCCUCCAGUGCCGCCCACCGCCGCCAGGCCAGCCCAGUACGGCGACGACAGCCCGAUCCUAAACCGCCAACUCUCCAACUGGCCAAGGACUCGGGGGCCGUCGGUGUCUUCGAAUAAGUCGAAUGGCACCAUAUCCUCCCUCCCGACCCGGCCUUCGAUCGAUACCCUCAGCAACCCAUCCCGAACCGUCCCCCGAACCAUAGCGACCAAUGCUGCCGCACCGUCCGCCGGCGGCGGCAUGAUCUCGCCCGGCCUCCCCAAGCCGCAGCUAGCCCACACCCGCUUGGACGGUCACGGCCCGGACAUACCUGCGAACCCCCGGGACGCUGCACCUUGGGUGGCCGAGCACGAGCCACGAUCCAGCUACCGAUCACAGCUGACUUCCUCCACCGCGCCCGGGACCGUCUUUUCGGGACCCAACACUCAGCGGAGCAGUCUGGCAACCAAGACGAGCUCAAGAACGUCAUCUUCGGUGUAUAACUUCAUGGCCGGGCACUCGGCGGACGAGGGUGGCAUGAGCGUCGAGGACGUCAUGGGCCUAUACGAGAAGGGGUUUGCGGAUUCGACGGGCGCCGAGGACAACGAUUUGGAAGCCACCCCUGCCACGCGCGGCCACACCCGCAAGGUUUCCAGCUCCAAAUUUUCCACCCGGUCCAGAUCCUCGUCGCGAGCAAAUCUCGAUAGGUCGCAAUCACAUGUGGGCCACAGGAUUCGCGAGGCAAUGAGCGACUCAUUACCGAUGCCCACUAAACCCCGGGGCGCGUCCGACCCACCACCAUCCAUAACCGUGCGAGACUCGAUGUCAUUCUUCUCCGGUUCGGCAUUGCCUUCAUCGCUCCCCGAAGAUGGGCGUCCCGAACACAAGCCUCGCCCUUCGAUCGCAUCUCGCGGACGGUCGAGCCACGAGGAGGUCGAUGAUAGUGUGAGGAGCAAGCACGAUUCGGCCAAGCUCCUCGAGUCCGACGACACUGUGCGUCCAAGGAUGGGCCACUCACGCCAGGCUUCGGCCGCGUCGUCGGCACGGUCCGCAUCGCUAGCGCCCAGGCUCGCCAUGUCGAGCCCCGACCUCACCCAGACCACCUUCGAUACCCAGCCGGCGCCACCAGUUCCGACCCAGAGCCAAGCCCAGCAGCUGUACUCGGCCCCGACCGAAGACGAGCCAGAUUCGAGGGACAGAUAUGGCUUCCGCAAGAGCAACCAGUACGUGUCCCGCGAGCAGUACGACGCCUGGGAUUCGACGCACACGGAGUACCUCGCUCGCCGGAAAAAGAAGUGGGUGGCGUACCUUAGGGACUCGGGCCUGAUGACGGAGGAGCCGGAUCGGUUCCCGGCGCCGUCGGCCAAGACCAAGCGCUUCAUCCGCAAGGGCAUCCCACCCGAGUGGCGCGGAGCCGCGUGGUUUUACUAUGCCCGCGGACCGAGCAUCCUCGCCAAGCACCCUGGCGUAUAUGACGAGCUCAUCGCGCGCUCGAAGCGACCAGGCGAGGCCAAGGAGGUUGAUGUCGAGGCCAUCGAGCGCGAUCUGCAUCGUACCUUCCCCGACAACGCCAAGUUCCGUUUCUCCAGCAGCGAGCCAGAGGGCAGUGGCAACAACAACAUAGCCAAGGAUGGCGCCGAGGAGCCGAGGAUAAUAUCCCGCCUGAGGCGAGUCCUGAACGCCUUCGCCAUCUACAACCCGCAGAUAGGCUAUUGCCAGAGUCUAAACUUCCUCGCCGGCUUGUUGCUCCUGUUUGUUGAGACCGAGGAGCAGGCGUUUUGGCUGCUCAACGUCAUUACGCGCGUUCAUCUACCGGGCACGCACGAGCUGUCACUCGAGGGCUCCAAGGUCGACCUCGGGGUACUCAUGGGCGCUGUCAAGGACUCGAUGCCCAACGUCUGGAACAAGGUCGGGAGUGAGCUCGACACGGUCGAGGCUCGGCCAGCAACACAAGGAGCCGGGGGCAAACCAAAGAGGUCACGGCGCGCUAGGGCAGCAGCACGGGCGGCCCAGGGCGCAGAGCGACUCCCGCCCAUCACCAUGUGCAUGACGGCUUGGUUCAUGUCAUGCUUCAUCGGGACGCUCCCCAUCGAGACGACGCUGCGGGUAUGGGACGUCUUCUUCUAUGAGGGAAGCCGAACCCUCUUCCGCGUGGCGUUGGCCAUAUUCAAGAUGGGCGAGGCCGAGAUCCGGGCGGUGCAGGACCCAAUGGAGAUGUUUGGCGUCGUGCAGGCUCUACCGCGCAGGCUUGUCGACUGCAACUCCGUCAUGGAGGCGACAUUCAAGCGACGCAACGGUUUUGGGCACCUGAGCCAGGAGGCCAUCGAGGAGCGCAGGAGCGAGCGCAGGGAGGCCAUCAAAGGGGCCGAGCUCGCCGCUGCCAAUGCCGGGCACGCGACCGAUGCAGAAGGGCCUGCCGAGGUGCGCCGGAAGGGGACCUUGUUCGGGCGCAGGAACAGGGACCGAGACUGAGAUGUCGGCACGAGAGUGAAGACGAACAACAAAAAAGAGAAGAAAAAAACCAUCCUGCGCUCGCAGGUCGGUCGAGGGAAUGAGCGGACGCGCUGGAAUGCGCCCGCAGACGGAGAGCCCUCCGCAUUCCACCAAGACGACACCAACAGCCAACACGACACACAGCGUCGAUUAAACAUCUCCUUUGUCACACGAUUCCCACACCCAACAUGUUUCCUUCCGCGUCACCCACUACUCAUUCCCCUUUCCGCAUUGUUCAGGUUUAGAUCAGCGAGCGAGGCUGGGAGGAUGGAAAAUCAAAAGAGAAGCCGAAAAAGUCUACGAGCCUGGGAGGACAGGCCCCGGGAACGGGAGAGGAGAUCUUUGUUUCGUGAUAUAGAGUUUGCAUCGAGGUUGGGCUCCGCAUUUGCCUUGUACUUUUUCAAACGGUCGCCGCCUAAGAGAUGGGGCCGUCCAUGUGUCGAUACUAGUCUUUGCUUUUUUUCUUCCUUUUUUUUUCUUCCUUUUUUUUU